AUGUAUGGUGCGUAUAGCACUUUGAUCUAUGAAGGCCCUAAUCACUUGCUGCGCAAACAGUCUACUUCGUCGUGCAAAGCUAUACCCAAAUACGCGACAAGUAUAUUGCAUCUUUACCCAACGCAGUUAGUUACGCUUGUACGCAUGAAAACCACUGCCAUACCCACAGCAGCAACAGGCCGCUGUAACUCCUUGCAAAGUAUUUUUGCAAUUUUUCUACUUCAAACAACCCAACAACAAGCUUAUAACAAGAUGAUCAAAGCCGUUUUGAUUUUCCUCGUUGCCUGUCUUGCCUACGUCGCUAGCGCUGACUCCAUCUGGUGCAACUACAAGCAGGGUGGUGGCUGUCUCCUCCCAGGUGUUGGACCCACAUAUGACUGUGGGCGCAAAGCUGGUUACAACAACUACGUUUCUGACAGCGGCAAGAAGUACUGGAACGAAAACCUCGAGUCUUCCAAGUGGAAGAAAUUCGAAGCUUGCUGCCACGCUGCCGGAAAGGGUGCCUGCCAUUCCUAA